UUGUAGAGUCAGCACUCCAGCACCUAAUUGUAACUAUAAUAAUAUGAAACAAGCUUGUUUAUAAACAGUCAAAGAAAUAAAAUAGAGAAGACUGCAAGAAAAAUGUUAAGACAAAGAACAAUGGACGUCAAGCAAGGACCUCCUCCAGGUUACCAGGAUCAACAGCAAGGUGGACCUCCUCCUCAACAAUAUGGCCCUCCCCCAGGACAAUAUGGCCCUCCCCCAGGACAAUAUGGACAACCACAACAGGGGUAUGGGCAACCACCUCAACAGUAUGGGAUGCAGCCUGGUUAUGGACCACCACCUGGGCAGCCAUACAUGCAAGGAGUGCCCCCACCCCCACCAGGCUUGCAGAAUGUUCAGCAGAUGUGGGUUGCACGUCCAGAACCCAUUGCUGGCUGCCCACCAGGGCUAGAAUACUUGACAAUGGUGGACCAGCUUCUUGUCAAACAGCAAAUUGAGCUUCUUGAGGCAUUCACAGGAUGGGAAACAGCCAAUAAAUACAAGAUUGUGAAUUCACAGGGGCAGCAGGUGUACUUUGCAGCAGAAGAAUCUGAUACCUGUACUCGUCAGUGUUGUGGACCAAACAGAGGAUUUACUAUGCAUAUAACAGACAAUAUGGGGCAGGAGGUGAUUAGAGUGACUCGAGAGUUUAAGUGUGGUGCUGGAUGUCCUUGGUGUGCUUGUGUGGACGCUUUAGCCCAUGAAAUCACCAUUGAAGCACCACCAGGACAAGUGGUGGGAUAUGUCAAACAGGAACAGAGCUGGUGUCCCCCAAACUAUUCUAUACAGGAUGCCAAUCACCAAGAGAUCCUACACAUGACAGGACCAGUUUGUAUGAUCACUGGACCAUGUUGCCCCAAUGACAUUGACUUUGAUAUAAUGGCUAAAGAUGGGACCACAUCAGUGGGAAAAAUCAGUAAGCAAUGGAGUGGACUGAUGAGGGAAUACUUCACUGAUGCAGACAAUUUUGGUGUUUCCUUCCCUAUGGAUCUUGAUGUCAGGAUGAAAGCUGUAAUGGUUGGAGCAGUGUUCCUCAUUGAUUUCAUGUACUUUGAGCAAAAUCAAAACAACCAACAUCACCACUGAAUAGUGAAACAAGGAAAAAUUUGCAUAAUGGAAAUAAGAAACGGAGGAAAAUGUGAAAUUUGAAAUCCACAUGGCUUCAUUUGUAGAUUACAAUGGGGGAAAAAAAAACAUUAAUCCAAACCAUGGUAAAUAGUAGACAUUUAGACACAAAGAUUUAUUGAAAUAGUGUUAAAAGUCUUAUGUAUUGAAAACAUCGAUGGGGAAACAAUAUUUAAAUUAAUUCAAGUGGGAUAAAAUCUGCUAGUUUAUAAUAAUUUGGAGCAUUAGCAAUCUUUCUAUAGAUAUGUUUGCCAUAUUUUGUAGAUAUUUAUGUUUAUAUUACAUCACCAUGUUUUAUCAAUAAUAAUCAGUUUGUUAGUACAGUGUUUAUAAUUCAUCAUAUAACAAAGAGACUUGCUUUGCAUUGUAAGUUACAUGUACUUGGAGCAUUCUAUGUGUACUGGACUAAUUUACAUGGGAAUGCUAUGUAUACUAAGACAGACCACUUUUGCUUACCAAAGAACUUGUAAUUUUCUUGUUUGUAUGCAGAGGUAUUGUUCACUUUAGAUUUAAUGUAACAUCUUUACCCAUUCUGUACAUAAGGAAUGAAAUAUACAGAUACACAGAGUGAUUGACAGUGCCUCUCUCCAAUGUUUCAUGUAUAUGUGAUUUAAUUUGUGAAGCGAAAAGUUACUGUUUUCUAGUUUUAUUACAUGUAGAAAAUGAUCUGAAUUCAGGUAAAAGCUUAGAGUAAUUCAGGUGUUUGGUGCAGAAAUAUUUCUUAGCUCAUCUUUCACUUGUACUAAAUGCCCACUUCCUAUCUUGCGGAUUCUGUUUUUGACAUGGGAGAGUUAUGAAAAACAAAAACAGCUCUUGCAUAUAUUUUUUAUCCAUCUCUCCGAUAUCUGUUUUUACAUUUACCAUUUUUUAUAGAGUGGGAAAAGUAGUAAAAAAAAAAAAAAGUAAUACCCAAGGCUUAAUGUCUAAUCAUUUUGAAAGCCCCCUAGACUUUUAGAUUAUGCGUAUAUUGUUUCUGGUUUCGCUGUUUCGUUCUUUAACUCAGGUCAUUAUUUGUGAAGUAUACAAGAAUAAUAGAAUCAUUCAUUGUAAUUAGUGCACUUUCGACAGUGAAGUUCCACCGAGGGGACAUAUUCACGUUUUUGGACUAGGCUUUGCCAGAGGUGGAAUUUCACUAUUCCAUACGAGUGUACAUAAUGAUAUGUUUUUCUCACAUUUUAUCAACAGUGUAGGGCAUUCUUCAUGUGCCAUUGGGGAAAAAGACCAUGCCUAUCCAUCGGAAAGCUAUAUAUUUGAAGAAUACAAGUAUUUUACUAACGAAGUAAUGUAAAUGAUAGAAAAUGUAUGAUGUCAUAAUCAGUGACGUCGUAGUAAUGUAAGACCGAAAAAUCUCACCUGGCUGUCUCACAUAAUGUCUAUCCCACUGGUGAUUAGGGGGAGGGAUGUUUUAGUAAUUUGAAAGUAAACCAAGUUCGCCCAACACAAUGGUACUUUUAUGUUGUUGGUUUUUUAAAACCUAUUUUUGUUGUUUAGGGAGAGGUGUAGCUAAAAUCAAUUUUUGUUCUUGUAUGUGAUAAUCUAGGUUGUCACAACAAUAUGUUGGAUCUAAUUCCAUGACAAAUGCUUUAGAUUUGAAUAACAUUGCUAUUAUCCUUGUUUUAAUUAUACAUGUAUAUAUUUUUUCUUCGUUUUAUGUAUAUAUCAUGAUUUAGACUACGUUAUUAAAGAAGAAUCUGUUGGA